AUGCACUUGUACAAAAUCUUACUGCUGACUGACCAGCAGUUGAAUCGUGGUUCUAGUUCAAUCGAUAAUACGGAAACCAUCGACCGUGAGUAUGCGACACUUGCAGAAGAGGUUAAGACCAAGUACAAUGCAGUUGUUGAAGAGAUGUUUAAACACAAGUAUUCCAACGCGACACAAAAUCAUGGCAAGGACGCUGAAGCGGUGACACUCGACAUUGUGAAAAUUGUCGAUAAGAAUUCAAAUCCUCAACCGAGUUCUGUUUCUGGAUCCCCGUCACCUUCUCACCUUAUCAUAGUCUUGCUAAUUCUUUUGUUUGCAUUUUGGUCGGUACGAAUCUCGCUUCAGCAAGAUCUUUCCGGUAUAAAAUCCAGUUUAGAGGAACUCAUUAUCUUGUCAUUGCUCUUUCUAUUCUUAUCAACGAUAUGGUUGGUAGCGAUUGGCAUCGUCUGGCUAAUAGUUACUGCUGCGUUGUGCUCCUAG